AUGGGCAAGAGAAAGACACCAGUUUUUAGAGACGGAUCUGCUAAGCAAUCGGGUGAAGAUGGCAAAAUCAAAGCCAUUCGCACAUGGGACGAUGUCGAACACGAUUCCGAAGACGAAUUCCACGAAGAACGUGAAAAGAUUUUGCUCGGUGAAGACAACGACCAAUAUGAAGACGAUGAGAGCGAAGCUGAAGUUUACGGCUUGGGAUCUGACGAAUCAGAAGAAGAGGAAGAAUCCGAUGAAGAGUUUAAAGAACGAGAUGGCAAGAAAUCUAAAAGAGCUCAAGACGAUGAAGAUGAAGAUCUUACUUGGGGUCGAUCAAAGAAGAUGUAUUAUGACGCAGACGAAGGCGAGGAUUUGGACGAAAUGCGUGAAGAAGAGGAAGAAGCAUUAAAGAUCCAAAAGCAACGUAUUGCUGCUAUGGACGAAGCCGAUUUCAUGGACGAUGCUUGGGUCACGGGUGCCGGCCAGACUUCAGAGGUCGAUAAACAACUUGUUGAUAAUGUCAGCAAGGAGUUGGAUGAUAUUACAUUCGAUGUCAGCAAGACGGCCGCGAAGCGACGUAAGAACUUGGCUGUGGCUGAAAAACUGAAGAUUUUACAAAACGAAUCACCCGAACUUUUGGAUUUGUUGAACGAAUUUAAGGAAAAAUCCGAAGUCGUGAGUGAUUUGGAUGUAGUAUUGGAACGGGUACAAUCCAAAAAUGCAACAGAGGAAAAGCCAGCCAAGUUUCUGCGCUUCAAACAUCAGUUGUUGUUGAACUAUUUGACCAACGUUUCGUUCUACUUUGUCCUGAAAGCAUCUGGAUCGAUAGAUAUCCAAAGCCACCCUGUCAUUAACGCAUUGGUGGAACUACGAUCGACAUUGGAAAAGACAGAACAAGUCGAAGUCAAGUUACGAUCACAAAUUGAUGCCUUCAUUGACGAUCUCGAUGCAUCUUCACAGAAAUUGGAUAAACCAGCUACAGCAGAAGUUAAAGACGUCGAACAUGUCACCAAAAAGAAUAACGCCACAGCCAAGAAAUCUAAAAAAGCAGCAGCACAAGAAGAAGCAACUGUACCACAGUUCUCUGACGAAGAACAAGAGGAGGAUCUGGAGGAUGAUACGGCAAUUACAGCAUUUGACAUUGAAGAAGAGUUUAAGAGUCUCAAGAAAGCCAACAAGAAACGUAAGCGAACAGCAGGUGCAACAGACGAUUUCGGCGAAUUGGAGGCAUUGGAUGAAUUGGAUAUGCAAGAUAAAUUAGCCAAGAAACGGUCAAUAAGAGACUAUGUCACUAAAAUUGAUGCAAAACAAGCGAAAUUACAAGCUAAAUACCAAGGCGAUUCUGACAUACCUUACAAAGAUAGACGGCAGCGGGGAGAAAAGAAGGGUGUACCGCAGCCACAAGACACAUCAGCCGAUUUGGAUAACGAAGACUAUGAAGAUGAUGCUGGGUUGGUCGAUGAGAUCAACAACACAGCUGGCGGCGAUGGUGACGAUGACUAUUACAACCAAGUCGUAGCAGGCAAGGCCGCAGCAAAGGCUGCCAAGAAGGCUGAAGCAGAAGCAAACCGGGCACCGCUUGUAGAAGGACCAUGGCAAUUAGAAGAAGGCGAAAAGCGGCUGGCAUCAUAUAAGAUCCUCAAGAAUCGGGGUCUUACGCCACGACGCAAGAAGGAAAACCGCAAUUCUCGUGUCAAGCACCGAAACAAAUAUGCAGACAAGCUCAAGAAGUUGUCUUCGACCCGCGCAGUGGUCAAACCACUCAAGGGCACUUAUGGAGGCGAGUCGACGGGUAUCAAGAGCAACGUGGUCAAGUCCGUCCGUUUUUAA